UAAGUACAACUGAGUGAGUAGAGCGAAGGGCACAAUGUUUCAAUUGAAAAGCGAGGGAGGGAGAGAGUCUACACUGUGAUUAUGUGAAUCUGCGACAUAUUUGUUCAAUCUCUCGCGGUUUCAAUCCGAUUACGAGAAAUGUGCAGUCCCCAGCAUUCCAAACAAGACCACCCAAGCGAUCCCCCGCAUUCACAUCCCCAAACCCAACCCAUGGAACAAGAACCCCAAAACCCUCAAAUCCCAGAAAUCCCCUGCAAUCAAGAACCGGAGCAAGUGAUUCCGGAGGAAAAACCUAAUCUUCAUCACCAAGAAGGUCCAAAAUCCAGUCUUGAGGAAAACCCGGAUCAUCAAUCCUCAGGUAAGCCUCUCGUUUCACCCAUUCCCGGUGUGGAUGUUCCACACAGCGGUGGAGACAUGUCUGAUGCCCCUUUGAUCUCUCAGCCUAACCCCCAUAAGCGCCUUUCUAAGCGUAAGAAGGGUAAAUGUAAUGCCAGGAAACAAAAAGCUAUAGACAGGAGAUUAAAUGCCCUUUUGGGCAAAUUGCGCCCCAUUCCCUUUAUCCCCUCCAAGAUUCUUGAUUUUUGUAGUCACGAGAAGCUGCUCAAGGGGCUUGGAUUAUGGGAGUUUGUUCAUAUAGGGUUUAAUUCGGAUGUUCGGGUUGAUUUGAUAGCUCAGUUGGUUGCAACUUAUGAUCCAAAAUCGAGGCGAAGCUGUGUGAAUGGGGAGAAGAUUGGUGUGAGUAGGGCUGAUUUAGCUCGGGCGCUCAGGCUACCAGUGAAGAAGGAGAAGGGUGAUGUUGUUAACUUGGAUGUUGAAGCAUUUUGUGAGGAGAGUAUUGGGUUUAUUGAGGAUUUUGUGUCAAUUUGGGUGCUGUUGCAUGAUGAUACUUGGAUGAUGCCAAAUGAGGUGUUGCAUUGGAUCAAGGUGAUCAAGGAUGGGAGUCCGGAGAAGGUGGAUUGGGCCGGGUUAGUGUGGUUCAUGGUGGAGAAGGAGUUGACACAGGGGGAGCAGUUGGGAGACUGUUAUUAUGCAGUGCAUUUGCAGUAUUUGAUUAAAUCACAGCGCGAGGAGGUGUUCUUUGGUAAGGAGUUGGAAAAGGCGGAGUUGGGUGUAGAUGUCAAGGAAGUGGAGUUGGAGAAGGCGGAGUUGGGUGUGGAUGGCAAUGAAGUGGAGUUGGAGAAGGCGGAGUUGGGUGUGGAUGCCAAGGAAGUGGAGAUGGAGAAGGCGGAGUUGGGUAUAGAUGUCAAGGAGGUGGAGUUGGGUGUAGAGGUCAAGGAGUUGGAGAAGGCAGAGUUGGGUGUAGAGGACAAGGAGGAGGAGUUGGAGAAGGCGGAAUUGGGUGUCGAGGCCAAGGAGGAGGAGUUGGGGAAGGCGGAGUUGGGUGUAGAGGUCAUGGAGGAAGAGUCGGGUGUAGGGUUCAAGGAAGAGGAGUUGGAGAAGGCGGAUUUCUUGGGUGUAGAGAUCAAGGGGGAGGAGGAUGGUGAUGUGAAAGUUGGAGGUGUGACCGAGGGUCGAGAUGAAGAGAGCGUGUUGAGAGAACCAAAUAUUGAGUUGAGUUUGGGGCAGGACAUGGAGAAGACAGAAGAGGUGAACGAUGCAGCGGCUAUGGAUGUUGAGGAACACAUUGGAGAACAACUAGAGGAGGAGGAACAGGAGCAGUGGCAGCCGUUGGAUGGAAACAACGAUGUGUUGGAGAACAAUUAUUUGCGUUUGUGUACCAACGAAGCCGUGACGUUGGAUGAUCACGAAGAGGAGAAAGACGAGAGUGAAGACUUGGUAGACGAGGAAGGAGUAGAAGGCGAUUAUGGUGAAGAGCAAGAGAGGGAGGAUGGAUUCACGGGAAUUUUCCUUCAAACAAGGGAAGCGUCCCAGAUUCCGUUUUAUUCCAAUGGGCAUCUUCAUGAUCAGCCAUCCAUUGAACUCGUUUCUCCUGGAACCGAUCUGAAUACAAUCGCUCCAUCUUUCGCUUGUGGCAGUAAAAGAGAGGUUGAGCACAACCAUGAUGAUGACAUCGCUCAUCAACCUCACGGGAGCAAUAAAAGGUUGAAGAUCGAAGGUCCAUCGAAUAAUCCAUCGAAUAACAUCCCUUCAGAUUUUGGGACUAUCAUGGGACAAAUGCAACAAUGGAUGACAAAAGCUAGGACGAUGUACGAAGAAAAGGAGCGGACCGAGGAACAAUUAAACAUACAUAAGCAAAUAUUGCUCGAUGAGUGCCACAGGCGCGAUGCUGCGAUUGCGCAUUUGCAAACGACCACAUCAGAAGAAUUACAGAAACGAGACAACAUGAUCUAUCGCCUCGAACGCGAACUUUUCAUGAUGGGGAACAUCGUGGAGGGUUACAAGAAGGCACUGAAGGACACCCACAAGGCGUUUGCUGAAUAUAGGCAACGCAUUCAGCUCCCCGAAGAACCAAUUUACAAGGACGCUGGGCCCGGUGGUCUCGUGCUUAGCACUGCAGAAAUCGAGAAGCUUCGCGUUAAGCAAGAGGAGGAAUACAAGUCGAAUUGCUUGAUGCUGCAUCUGAAAGCCGAAGAAGCCCUAGAAGACUAUACUGGUGAAUUCGAAAUGUAUAUGGACAAGGUCAAUUUGCUAGGUAUCAGGCUAAUGAGUAUUUCGAGCAAUGUGGAGGAACUCAAAGAAAUAUAUGCUAAGCGCCGCAAAGACCUUGAAACACACCAGAAAGCGGAGGAAGCUCGAGAAGCUGCUGCAGAGGAAUGAGUAGCUAAUAAUGAAAAAUAUUUUUAUGCACCAGCAAAAUGUAGCAAAAACUUCUAACCUGGCAAGUAGUUGAUUGAUGAGAAUGCUGUUUGUGCUAUGCUAACUCUUCUUAUCAGCUUAUAGAAUUUAUAUCCAUUUAGAUAUUAAA